AGUGAUUAUUAUUCUAGGAGGCUUGCUCUCUUUCGACUUCCGCUUUUCCCAUUUGUUUAGUAUGAAAAGCAAAUUAAUUUUUAUCAUUUGUUUUUGGGAUUGAAGUUAGCUUUUUGAUUUUUUCUUUUUUGGUUUUGUCCUGGUAGUGGUGGACAUAUCUGGAAACUUUUUUUUCUUUUUAAUCCUGUUUUGAGGAAAUUCGUUUUCUGCUUCUGUAGAAUGAAACCAACUUAACUCAAGCUAUAUCAAAGGUGUUUCUUGGCAUGAGCUUUUGGAAAUCAGUCUUAGUAUGGAACGAAAAGCUACGGUUUUGAAGAUUACAACUAAACUUUGCAAACACUCUUCAAAAGUCUUUGGGAAUUCAUGGGCACUCUUACGUCUAUAUCUUAAACUUUAUUUAAGUACCUGCCACAUUGUUCGAUUGUGUCUUGUCUGUUUUUGAACUUUUCCUCACGUCCUUUUUUUUUGUGCGUGUGUGGCUAUGGCUUAACAAACAGGAUGUGCAGGUGGAGCAAAAUUGUCAUCAUCAGCAUCUUCUAACAAGUCCUGUGUUUUGGCUACAAAGUCAAUGGAUUCCUCUAAAAGCCACGUAGAACCCUAUCGAACCAAGUCUUUUAGUCGAGAGAGCAGUGUAAGCUCUUCUUUAAGCUUAUCACGUAGCCUGCCUUUCCUGAUGAACAAUGAUGCCGAUAGUGAGAGUGUCUCCGAGGCUGGGGAUAUUGGAGAUCGCUCACUUCGGAGAAGGCAUAGUAGUGGUAGAAGUAAUCGCUUGUCUGCUGAGGAGUUGAUAGAACAAGGGACUGAUGAUACUUCUCGUGAAGAACAAGAUGUGUUACAUGACCUUCGAGACUUGAACACAGCUUCUGUAAUCAAACCUUUGCCUGUGGACAUAACUACAUCUCCUUUACCAACCAAGUCACUCUUGUCACCUGAGGCCAACAACGCGGGAAAGGAAGAAGAGCACGUGAUAUCAAAAUCCUUGGAAUACAUAUCGUCCCUAAUUCAUUUGGCUGUUUUUGGUAUUCUUGGGGCUAUUACAAGAUAUUUGCUGCAGAAAUUGUUUGGACCAACUGGUGCUCGAGUAACCAGUGAUGGAAGCAUCUUGUACCUUGAUCUUCCCUCCAACAUGGUAGGAUCAUUCUUGAUGGGUUGGUUUGGGGUCGUAUUCAAAGCAGAUAUAGCGAGAGUUUCAGAAUUUUUAGCAAUCGGAUUGUCGACUGGUUAUUUGGGAAGCCUCACAACAUUCAGCGGUUGGAACCAGAAAAUGCUGGAUCUUAGUGCCGAUGGCCAAUGGGUCUACGCUGUGCUUGGCUUUCUUUUAGGAUUGUUUCUCACAUCAUACUCCAUCAUUCUCGGGGUUGAAACAGCCAAAGGUUUCAGAUGGCUUAUUCUCAGAAGAAGCUCUGAGGAAAGAAACUCCUGUCUCAAGGCUAACACCUUCAUGAACCAUAUUGUGUCUAUGACCGUAAUGCUUCUGUUUCUUGUGGCUUUACUCGCUAUGAGUGCCACUCUGCUUGCAAAAGAGUUUGACAAAGGAACAAACGAGGCUCAGCUAUGGUUAGGUUGCUUAGUUGCAGCCCCUGGUGUCUGGCUCAGAUGGUUUCUAGCCCGACUCAACGGGCGUGGACUGGGAAAAGAUAGACAACACUUUAGGUGGGUCCCAUUAGGCACCCUCAUUGCAAAUGUAGCUGCAGCAUCUGUCAUGGCAGCUUUGGCCACGUUAAAGAGAUCGGUGAACACGACAACAUGUAACACGGUUGCUUCGGGUACACAGUUUGGUCUGUUGGGAUGUCUAAGCACAGUAUCCACCUUAAUGGCUGAGUUCAAUGCGAUGAGAGAAAGUGGUUACCCAUGGAGAGCCUAUGCGUAUGCUUCUUUCACCAUUGCGGUUUCUUUUGCGAUCGGAACUGUUAUAUACUCAGUCCCUGUUUGGGUGGCGGGAUUCACUUAGAUGCACAGAGUUUACACGAUGUGGAGAUUAUAUUUGUCAAACCAUUUGGUAGAGAAUUAGAGAUCUGUGACAAUCAAGUUACCUUGUGCAGAAGUUUCUUAAGAACAAACUUUUAUACUAUAAUAAAACCUUUUCCUGUUUUACAUAAAA